AUGGCUUGCCGGCAGUUAUGGGCUUCAAGAGCUGCAUCAUACCUCAGGAUCUCUGUCUUUCACAGAAGCUUCUCUUAUGUUUUGAACAAUAUGAAGUAUGGUGAUUCUCAUGAAUGGGUGAAAGUUGAUGGAAAUUCUGCAACUGUCGGCAUAAAUGAUCACGCCCAAGAUCAUUUGGGCGAUGUUGUGUACGUUAAACUCCUAGAAGUUGGAGCAGCAGUGACACAAGGAGAUGCCUUUGGUGCAGUUGAAAGUGUGAAGGCAACUAGUGACGCCAACUCUCCGGUUUCUGGAAAAGUUGUCGAAGUUAAUGAAGAGCUCAACAGCUCUCUCGGUUUAGCUGCAGAGAGGCUUAUUUCAAGCAAAGGGGAACUCAAAACACAGCUUGAGAAUUUUUGCAGGGAUCCUAACAUAUCAAGGAAGAAUGGAAUCUUCUUAGCUUGUUACUCACAAUCUCUCAGAUGUCGACUUGGUGAAAGAUCAUUUGUGACACAUGUACUGUUGAUGUUAGCUAAUAACCUCCAUUGCAGUUUACACGUUAUUAGAAGAAAAGAAGAAGUUAAAGGCGAUGAAUGGUUGCAAGCAUUAGCAGCUGAAUUUAAUAUGGUCAAGCUCCCCGCCCUAUUGGACCUUGAGCUCCCCGCCCUACUGAAAUGUGAAAUUGUAGGCUAG